AUGAGUAGUUAUAGUCAUGACUUGAAUGAGUGUGUUCCUGAAAGUGAGGAUGAAGGACAAGAUGUGGAAUUGGACUGGACAACUAUCAUUCAAGGUGAUGAGGAUAAUGCCAAGGAUAUAUAUUCUGAGGAGGAUUAUGAUUCUGAUGUAUUGCACACACCUAAUGAGAGUGACAAUGAUGAUGAAAUAGAAAAGUUUCCUUCUUUUAAGAGUGAUUCCUCAAAGUUUGAGCUAGGUAUGGUGUUUAGUAACAAAGAAAAGAUUCAUGAGGCUUUGGCAGAAUAUGCUUUGAAGAUGAACAAAAAUGUUCAUGUCAAGAAAAAUGAUGGAAAGAAGAUGGUGAUGAAAUGUAUGGAAGGAUGCACUUUUCACAUGAGGAUUAGUAAAAGGGUUGGCAACCAAUUUUGGCAAGUUGUAAGUUUGGUUGAUGAACACAACUGUUCAAGAACUCCAAAUAACAGGCAAGCAAAGACUACAUAUCUGGCUAAGCAGUUUGGCCAUAUUCUUAGACACAACCCUGAUAUGAAGCCAGCAGGAUUGAUAGCUCAAGCUAUUGAUAGAUGGGGUGUGAAAUUGUCACAUGAUCAGGCAUACAGGGCUAAGAGAAAGGCUAUGGAUUUGUUACAAGGUGCUUCUAUGGACCAAUUCAACCAUCUGAGAAGUUAUGCACAAGAGUUACUAAAAUCUAACCCUCGUAGCACUUGUGUGAUUAGAUGUUCUCCUUCAACUGAAGGCCCUGUUUUUGAAAGGAUUUAUGUAUGUCUGGAGGCUUGCAAGUAUGGUUUUGCAAUGUACUGUAGGCCAUUGAUAGGGUUGGAUGCGUGUUUCUUGAAAGGUGAUUUUGGAGGGCAAUUGAUGGCUGCUGUUGGGAGGGAUGGAAACAAUAGGAUUUUUCCUAUUGCUUAUGCUGUUGUGGAAGCAUAA